UGAUACUGUUAAUCAGAAACAAAUGAAAUUAUCUAAAAUGUUGUUCAGAAAUUAGUUAUCUAAUUUUAAGUUUUUAAAGCAUCGUUUUAGAAACUAAGUAUUUCUAUCAUUCAUUUUUUGUAUCAUUCAUUGAUUUAAAAUAUAUAAAAUGUUAAAUGAAGCAUCAGAAGCUGAUGAUGAUAGGUCAGACAUUUUUUUAAUUCAAGGUGGAGGAUGCUGUUCUCCUGGAGGAGCUUGUUAUCGAUACUUUGCACUUGCAAUGAUGUGCUUUCUCGGAUUUGGUUCAUAUUUUUGUUAUGACAAUCCUGGAGCUUUACAGGAUGUAAUCGUAAAGGACAUGUCUUUAACAACUGCUCAAUUCAGCUAUUUAUAUGCCAGCUAUUCAUGGCCUAAUGUGAUACUCUGUUUUGUUGGUGGUUUUCUUAUAGAUCGUGUGUUUGGAAUCCGAUUCGGUACUGCAUUGUAUGCAUUCAUAGUUUUUGCUGGACAAGUAGUUGUUGCACUGGGAUCACUGUUCGACAGCUUUCCGUUAAUGAUAGUUGGAAGAGUAAUUUUUGGGAUUGGUGGUGAAUCGUUAGCUGUAGCUCAAAAUUAUUAUGCCGUUAUUUGGUUCAGAGGUCGUGAACUUAAUAUGGUAUUUGGCUUACAACUUAGCUUUGCUAGACUUGGUUCUGCUGUAAAUUUCAUCAUAAUGGAACCAUUACAUAAAUAUGUACAUCAUUAUUUUAAAGGGCGAGAGGGGUUGGGCGUAUCAUUGCUUAUUGCAUCAUUAACAUGUUUGAUAUCGUUCAUCGCUGCUAUUGGACUGGCUUGGUUAGAUAAAAAACAAAAACCCGAAUCAAAUCAAACCGAGGAACAUGAAAAGAAAGAUGAAGUAAAGUUAUCUGAUGUCCUUGACUUUUCUCCAGCAUUUUGGUUAAUAAGUGUAAUUUGUGUUGCAUAUUACAUUGCCAUAUUUCCUCUUAUUGCACUAGGAAAGGUAUUUUUUAUGAGAAAAUUUGAUCUGAGUGCAGAUGAUGCCAACUUUGUAAAUAGCAUGUUGUAUAUAAUCUCUACCAUCGCCUCACCAUUACUUGGUCUCCUUGUUGAUAAAACUGGCUGGAACUUGUUUUGGGUUUUUAUUUCAAUUUGUUCCACAAUCGGUGCCCAUAGUCUUCUAGCCUUCACCUUUAUUAAUCCAUAUUACGCAAUGGUAUUACUUGGCGUGGCCUAUUCGAUGUGUGCUGGUGCACUUUGGCCAAUGGUAUCUAUGGUGAUACCUGAAUAUCAGCUUGGCUCAGCCUAUGGAGUGGCUCAAGCUUGUCAGAAUUUCGGUCUGGCUAUAUGCACCAUGUUGGCUGGAAUGAUCGUAGAUAAUGGAGGUUAUCUUAUGUUAGAAAUAUUCUUUUUGUUUUGGCUAUUCGUUUCUUUAAUUGCCUGUUUAUGUGUAUGGUUUUAUGAUAUGAACACAACAGGAAUGUUGAAUAUGACUGUUUCUCAGCGGGAAGAAUAUGAGCUAAAUAAAGGGAAAAAUAAUCUAGCAGAUAGGGCAAGAGCCCAUUCUUCUGCGGAUGUCAGCCCUUAUGAAGUUAUAAAUCCGCAAUCAGAUUUUCAAAUAAGGAACAGGUAUCUGUCAAGAAUCGGUGCUACUACAGUGAUUUUUGGAAAGAUCUUCAAAUGGUUAGGUUUUUAUUUUCCAUAGCAAUCUGUUGUUGUAGUUGAUGUUGAACACAUUAGCUUUAUAAUUUAUGUAAUUAUUUAUUUAUAUUUCUGUUAAGUGCUUUAUCAA